CAUCCUCUCCACACGUACACACGCGAUUCCUUGUUUCCCAGCCACAGGCAUUUAUUUGCCUCCGGCAACCUGCCUGCCUGCCUCCCUAGCAGGGCGCCCUCGAGGGCGGGGGAGGCGGCGGUGGCGGCGUCAUUUUUACUUAGUUGCGAGACGAGCGAAGCGUCUCCUCCCCCUCCGUGAGGAAGGAGGGGGCGACGUCUCCGCCCGCCAGCAGCCUUGGGGCACGCGCGGGCCGCUCGCUCCCGCGCGCGUGGCCUUGCGGUGGGACGGCGUCCCGGGCCACGCCCCCUCCCGGCCAGGCCACGCCCCUCCUCUCGCUCAGCGCGGCAGAGAGACCGGGCCGGCGUCGCCGUUGCCGCCGGCGCCUCCCACUCCCAGCCCGUCCGUUACCGCCGCCGCCGCCGCCUCUUCUUUCCCCCGUUAUUGCCGCCGCCGCCGCCGCCGCCUGAGGCGGGGGAGGGAUUGAUGUGGAGGCCUAGAGCGGCAGCGCCGCCGCAAGCGCCAUGCAGCCCCCGCCGAGAAAGGUGAAAAUUACUCAAGAGCUAAAACUCAUUCAGACUGAACAGAUGACAAAACUUCAAGCCAAACAUCAAGCAGAAUGUGACUUACUUGAGGAUAUGAGGACAUUCAGUCAGAAGAAAGCUGCAAUGGAGAAAGAAUAUGCACAGGGCAUUCAGAAAUUGGCUAGUCAGUACUUGAAGAAAGAGUGGCCUGGAAUAAAAGCUGAUGAGCGAAAUGAUUUUAGGAGCAUGUAUCCAGUGUGGAAAUCCUUUCUUGAAGGCACCCUGCAAGUGGCUCAAUCCAGACUCAACAUCUGUGAAAACUACAAAAACCUAAUUUCUGAACCUGCCAGGGCAGUUAAGUGUUUUAAAGAACAGCAACUGAAAAAGUGUGUGGACCAGCUGACCAGGAUCCAGGCUGAAUUGCAAGAGACAGUAAAGGAUUUAGCUAAAGGAAAGAAGAAGUACUUUGAGACGGAGCAGAUGGCUCAUGCUGUCCGUGAAAAGGCAGAUAUCGAGGCCAAGUCUAAACUUAGUCUUUUUCAGUCGAGAAUAAGCUUACAGAAAGCAAGCGUAAAGUUAAAAGCACGACGGUCUGAGUGUAAUUCCAAAGCUACGCAUGCAAGGAAUGACUAUCUUCUCACUUUAGCAGCCGCAAAUGCACACCAAGAUCGCUACUAUCAGACAGACUUAGUAAACAUUAUGAAGGCUCUUGAUGGGAAUGUAUAUGAUCACCUUAAGGAUUAUUUAAUGGCAUUCAGCAGGACUGAAUUAGAAGUAUGCCAAGCUGUACAAAGCACAUUCCAGUUUCUUUUGGAAACGUCCAGUCGGGUAGUACGAGAUUACAAUUUCCAGCUGUUCUUACAAGAUAACUCGGUAUUUCAUAAACCACAGCCCUUCCAAUUUCAGCCCUGUGACAGUGACACUAGUCGACAACUGGAAUCUGAGACCGGGACAACAGAAGAACACAGUCUGAACAAGGAAGCCCGAAAAUGGGCCACGCGUGUGGCGCGGGAACAUAAAAACAUUAUUCACAGUCAACGGACUCUUGAGGAGUUAGAAUGCCAUGGGCCUGUGGUGUCGGAACAGAGUCGAGCAGAACUGGAACAAAAGAUAGAUGAAGCCAGAGAGAGCAUCCGCAAAGCUGAGCCCUGCCUUUUCUUCAAAGCUGGUGCCGUCUUUCAUAGAGAAUUCAAAGUGAUAAUAAAGCUGAAAGCGGAAGCACGACUUGACUUACUGAAGCAGAUUGGCGUUUCAGUGGAUACGUGGCUGAAAAGUGCAAUGAAUCAAGUGAUGGAGGAGCUGGAGAAUGAGCGAUGGGCAGGCCUCCCGACAGUGACCAACAAUGGCUCUUCGCAUUUGCUAAAUGUUGAUGUGGAAAGGGAAGAAGGGGAAGAGCUGGAAGAUGGCAUGGAUGCUUUUGACGACAGCAGUUCAAGUCCAUCUGGUACUCUCCGAAACUAUCCAUUGACCUGCAAAGUUGUUUAUUCGUAUAAGGCCUCACAGCCUGAUGAAUUAACCAUUGAGGAACAUGAGGUUUUGGAAGUUAUUGAAGACGGAGAUAUGGAAGAUUGGGUAAAGGCACGAAAUAAGACAGGCCAUGUGGGUUACGUGCCAGAGAAAUACCUGCAGUUCCCAACUUCCAACAGCCUCUUGAGCAUGUUGCAAUCACUCGCAGCACUGGACAGUCGGUCACAUACUUCAAGUAAUUCAACUGAAGCUGAGCUAGUCUCUGGAAGCCUCAACGGAGACUCCGGUGUAUGUUUUGUAAAAGCACUUUAUGACUACGAGGGACAGACGGACGAUGAACUGUCCUUCCCUGAGGGAGCAAUAAUCCGGAUCUUGAACAAAGAAAACCAAGAUGACGAUGGCUUCUGGGAAGGGGAAUUUAAUGGGCACAUUGGAGUUUUCCCAUCCGUGCUAGUAGAAGAGCUAACAACAUCAGAAAAUGGAGAGACUCCGUGUGUGGCAGAUGUUCAGGUAUCUUCAUCUCCGAAGCCCCAGAAUUCUUUGGCACCACUGCCACUGUACGACCAGCCGCCAGCCAGUCCUUUCCAUAGUCCCGAUAAAAGAAGCUCCCAGUACUUCCCCAGGUCUCCCUCAGCAAAUGACAACAGUUUCACUUCAAACUCUCCUGGAUUCCCUCAGCCACCACGACCUCUUCCUGAAAGUACCUCAUAUGGCAAACUGAGACCUGUACGGGCUGCCCCUCCUCCCCCAACACAACAGCACCGCAGACCGACAGAGAAAAUAGAGGAUGUGGAAAUCACCCUGGUGUGACCAGUGGGACGGCUUCCGUAGUAGUGCUACAAUCAAGGCCAAAUGUGGGUGUGAUGUUUGGUCAGCUCUCAUUCUUGGGCACCUUUGCAUGAUGGAAGAUACCUUUAAAAGAGUAAGGGGGGAAAACAGGAGGAUUUUCCAUGGACCUUGAAUGUGGUGGACUCUUUCCUGCGGUCAUGAAUAUUUUGUGCCUUUUUUGGUUGUUGCUGUUGUUUGGUUUCACUUUAUCUAUCUGCCAUCCUUCCUCCUUUAGCACAAAGCAAGUUGGGCCCGUCACGAGCAGAAGAAUGCCUGGGCAGCUGAAAAGAUGGCCCGUUUGGGCUUUCAGUGAAGGCUGCAAAGAGCUCCUUCUUCCGUGCCACUGAUGGCCGGUCCACUGCCUGCAGCUUUCCCUGUGGAAACGAUUCUACGUGAUGACCUGUCCCCAGAGUCACUCCAGCGUGUUGCGCAGUAAAUGUGGUCUCUUUCCUCAUUACCUGCGAUGUCUCCAGUCACGACCGGUGAGGCCUGCCGCAGGGAGGGCAGUGUGGGUGUAACUUUAAGGAAAGGGCAACUUAGCUGCAUCCGGCACCCUCUGGAAUCUGGCAGCAGCUGGCCCAGCAUCCCCCGAGGAGGCCCUGCCCCCAGCACUCAGCAGCGGCAUUUCUUCUGGUUACCUUUUCCUUCCGUUUCUAUCCCGCCGCCCUCCCCACCCAGCAGCAGCUCUCACCGGCCAUCACUGCAUGUCUCCACAUGAGGAAAUGGGCUCUGUUUACUGGUGCUGCAGGUUGCAGCCAUCAGAAGGGCGAGUUCUCACAGGGAUGCCUUUUGCCAGGGAACUGGAACGUGUAGACCUGCCUCUAGUCAUAGCAUAUGUAUACCACGUGCAUUAGUACAGUAUAUUACUGUUGCCAUAGGAAUGUGUUGAAAUGAUUUUUUUCCUAGUCAAGUAGCAUUACUUCUCUGAUUAGGGUAUUAAUCAGAAUGUAUGGAAUAGAGAAGGGAACACCCAGGCGUCGUUUUAAAGAGAGGCGGGCUCCUCUCUCUGCCCUCCCCCUCAACAAAAGACAGGGGAAAUCUACAUCGAAGGGAAAGCGCUGCGGAUCCUAUGGGGUUAAGUACUUCAGUGUGCGCCUCUUCCAUCAUUAACCGUAAAACCUGAACGUAACGUUCCUUUUGUAUUGAUAUUUAUGCAGUGCAUUUAGUACUAGAGUACCUACUACAGAAGUGCUGACUUAGUAGCAACAACAUGUUUUUCUUAGGAUAAAACUGAAUAAGCAGGAUUUCCAUCUUAGACCUGGAAUUAGCUGUUCAUUUCCUCUUUAAGCAGAUUACUUUUUUUCUUUUGUACUUGGAUCGCUUCUUAUCCCAGUUAUUGCUGUAUAGUUUACUCUCUGACAUUAGCAGUAUAUCUUGGACAUCGGAACAUCCGGCUAGAAUUAGGAAGUUUAAUGUUUAGAAUAUUUUUGAAGUGUGGUGUCUAGCUUUAGAGUCGGAUAGUUCUAGCGCAGAUCUCCAUGCAAAGCCUAAGGGCCAGCUCAGGCCCAGGGAACUAAGGUUAGAGACGGACCGUUGUGCUCCCCGCUCGAAUAUUGGAGGUGUAUGAUGGACCUUUGUGGGCUGGAGUGUGUACACUUUUUUCACUGUUCCCAUAUCAUCUCUGGUCAGACGCUUCUGAUUAUUGGAGGCACUAUAAAAAUCCACACGUCCUGUUUGGCCAAAGCUGGUGAUAGGAGGCAAUAAAGUAGUGUACAAACUGUGGCCUCUUCAUACAACUCUGCAGUCUUGGGGAAUAAGGCAGUGAUUGCCAUGUGCUGGGGGGAAAUAUACCAGAAAGGCCGUCUUUGCAGAACUGUCCAUCAGCUUUUGGGCAGCAGAAGAUUUAUGCUCUCAAUAGACCACAGUAGGAGGUCACUUUUAAGCCUAAGUCUCUCUGAGUGAGCUGCUUAGGCUUUGGAAGCGAAACAUGGCCAUCUUGUCGUUUAAGAUGAAUAAAAGUGAUAGGAGAUGGGGAGGAAAUAUAGUUCAGAUGAAAAUGGUCUCCAAGCAGCAACACCCAUAAAGGGAAAAAGAAGAGAUAAUUUUGUGUUCUAUUGUUUUAAUCUCAUCCCAAGACAUUUCCAGCCCAUUGCCUGAAAUAUAUAAAAAACCACCUUCAAAUGUGUUAAGAGCUGUAAGAUUAGUCGUAGUGUAAAGGAGCUCUUGUGUGUUCAUUUUUUUCCUCCUAAGCAAGUAAAAGAUGGUGGCCGUUCCUGCAUUUAGUUGCCUAAAUUUUUAUGGCUGCAUUUUGUGAAAUCAUUUGAUAAGAUAUUUUCAUCUUAAACUUUGCACAAGUACUCUUGGCUGGGUCUCUUGAAUUAUGACUGUUUUGCCAAUCGCCCCCCCCCCCUUUCGUUUAGCUAAUCUGAGCAAGGGAAGAGCUGUUGAAAGUGUAACCAUGAAGAGUCUGCAGCACUUGUCUGGCAGAUUCCUGUGAAGAUCUUGUGUUGGGGUGGGGGUUUAUUUUGCGCCUUCAGUCCUGUUGAUCUGUUUGAGGUCUUUUUUUUUUUAAGUGUUGAUCAAACUUAUUCUUAAGUUUUUUAAAAAAACAAUUUUAUUAUUUUUUUUUUAGAAGAACUUUACUGCAAACAUUUUAAAAUGCUUCAAGAAAAAUAAGUGUUGCCAAUAAUAUUCACGUUCCGUUUGGUUGGCCAAUUUUUUGCAUCUUUUUUUCUUACCUGGACUUUCAAAAUUCAGAAAGUGUUAUUUAAAAAGAAAAUCUCCUUAGUUAUAUUUUAAAAAUAUUUUCUGUAAGAGCUGCUAAUUUUUAUUUAAAAAAAUAAAAGUUGUAAAAAUACGCCUCCUUUUUAAAAUUCAUACAGGGCAUGCAAUAGAACGUAUCACCAUGUACAGUGUCAAUACACUGAAAGCAGAACCUUGGGUGCUUUCUUUAUAUUGGCUGUAAAACUUUGUAUUUAUUAUGUAUAAAAUGUUGAAUAAUAAAAAAGUGAAAUUAAA